AUGAUUAGUGCCCCGUUAGAAACGAUCAGAUCCACUCGGUCAACUUGUCUUUUGUUUUCUAAUUGCUACCUCCUUUUGUGCAGAAGAGAUCUCACUUUUUUUUUUUCCUUAUGGACUAUACAUUUAAAGAACUCUGGAGAGCUAUCGUCUUUUCUUUCUUUCUUUUUUUUUUUACUUUUCUCUCUAUUUCUUAUUUUCUUUCUCUCUUUUUCUUUCUUUCGUUCUUUCUUUCUCCCAUUCUCUCAUCCUCCUUUCCUUCCUUCUAUUAUUUUUCUUCCUUUCUUUCUUUUUCCUUCUCACUUUCUUUCCUUCCUUACUUCCUUUCUUUCCUUCUUGCUUUCUUUCAUUCUUUCUUUCUUCCUUCUUUCCUUCCUUUUUCUUUCUUUCUCCUAUUAUUCUUUCUUUCUUUCUUUUCUCUCUUUUUCCUUUUUUCUUUCUCUCUUUUUCUUUCUUUCGUUCUUUUUUUCUCCCAUUCUCCCUUCCUUCCUUCAUUCCUUUAUUUAUUUAUUUUUCCUUCCAUUCUUUAUUUUCUUCUUGAUUAAUCCCAUUCUCCCUUCCACACUUCCUCUCCCUUCCUUCCUUCCAUUAUUUUUUUUCCUUUCUUUCUUUUUCCUUCUCACUUUCUUUCCUUCCUGA